AUGUCACGAGCAAAUCCAAAUAAACACAAGCAGAAGGAAGCGGUACUCCUGAAGGGAGGGUCAGCCCAAACCUUCCGUGGCAUGCUGGCAUAUGUGCAGAAUCACUCUCCGAGCAUCGUCGUGUUCGAGAAUGUAGAUACCAUGGACGACAGGGGCGAUGCUACUUCCAAUCUCGAUAUUCUGCUCGCAGAAAUGUCGAACCGUGGAUACGAGAACCAAGUCAUCAUGAGCGAUGCUGCAAUGAAAGCAGCGGGCUCGGCACUCAUGGAGUUUGGUGAGAGGUCCAUUUCAUCCAUGUUUGCAACGGUACGGGCCGUCAUGUCAUCGUGCGUACGUACCCCUUGCUGUGCCACGGAGAUUUUUCUUCCAAGUGACCAUGCUUUUGCGGUCUCUGACCUGGAGAUCCGCCAGAAAAAACAGGAAAAGCGAAGGGAGCUCCAGGCAAAGUCGGGACCCACGGCUCAGACUUGGAUGGAUUCGCACAUGUCUUUCGCAAGAAGUCUCAAGUUUCGUUGGGGCGAAGCCGUGCCCCGAGAACUCAAGGAGAAUGAGUGGUACCAGACACUUACAGAGCGAGAGCAAGAUGCCUUACGGCUGGCCAAGAUCCAAUCGCAGUCGCUGCUAUUUCGUGAUGUCUCCCAAGCAGUGGGCAGAGUGAAUAGCCCGACACUGGAUUCAAUCACCGGUGUGCAUGUGUUGCCGACCAUUUUGCCGAAAAUGCAGCUGUGGUACGAGAAACAAUCCCGUAUAUGGCUGGGAUGCGAAGCCAUGAUAUGUCAAGGCUAUCCAGUUUUGCCACUGCUAGCAACGUAUGAAGCAGUGAAGCGGCCUCAGGCCUGGACAGCAACGGAAGUUUUGAUGCAAGAACUCGCCGGCAAUGCGAUGGCCCUCCCAGUGGUGCUGGCGAUCUUGCAGAGCAUGUUUGUAUCCUUUUCAUGGGCACCUGCCGCUGCUGAAGCCACGACCGCGCACACACUUCGGAGAGCAGUCAGCCAGGAGGACGUGCUUCAGGCUCUGUCAGCGCUUGCGCAGGUCUCUGACCGUGCCGAUGCACCUAGAGCGAGGAAUGCUCCCACGUCGCUGGAAGAGCGUAUUCGCAAGCGGGCGAAGCAGAGGCAUGAGGCCAAAGGCGGGCAGUUCCAAGACGCAGCUGAUGCCUUACCGAGCGGCUGCACUGGGCAGAUGCUGGUUCGCCUCACGGAGAACCGCUGCGUUCAGCUCUGUAGCGGCCUUGAGCGCAAGGGAAGGCGACUUUUCGAUCUCCUCCACCAGGAGAUCCAGAAAGCGGAGGCCUCGAGAAAGCUGCCGUGA